CUCCACUUCUCAUUGCCCUAAGACCACUAACCCUUUUUCACUCCUUCCUCCUCCUUCCUGAGAUUCUCAGAAGCCAUUUGAUCAUCUCCUCUUUCUUAGCUUCGAAUUUGAAGAAGAAAGAACGGUACCCAUUGGAGCAGAAAAGAGAUAUAUAUAGAUAUACACAAUUACACAUAGCGUGUGUGUGUGAGAGAGACAGAGAAAGAGAGGAUAGAGAGAGAAGCCAUGAUGCAUAGGUGUAGCAGCUCUCAUGGAAACAUGGUGGGACCAUGUUCAUGUGGCAUGUUUCAGAGUCAAAGCAAUCCCUUCUCAAUGCUGUUCUCUAUGCCAAAUCACAAGCCUUUUGAUGAAGCGGACAUGUACCCUUUCACGUCCUCUUCUUCAUCUUCUGUGGAUUGCACUCUUUCCCUAGGCACACCAUCGACUCGUCUAACCAAUGAUAUGGAAAAGGAAGUCCACCAUGAACGACGCUCUUCCUGUAUGUCUAACUUUUGUUGGGACAUGUUACAGUCCAAAAACACAUCCUCACCGCCACCAACCUACAAGACCAGCCGUGGUGGAAGCAAUGGAGGCAACAAUAACUCCGGCGCCGACCCCCUCCUUGCUCGGCGGUGCGCUAACUGCGACACCACAUCUACACCCCUUUGGAGGAACGGUCCAAGAGGCCCAAAGUCACUUUGCAAUGCUUGUGGAAUUCGAUUCAAGAAGGAAGAGAGGAGAGCCAGCGCAGCCGCUGCCGCCACCGCUGGCGGUGCUGCAUCGGCAGGAGUAAUGGAGGCCCAACACAUGGUAAACAAUUCAUGGGUUCAACACCCACAGAACCAGAAAUUUCCUUGCUACUCUCCUGCAUACGGCAACGAAUUUAGGUUCAUAGAUGACGAUGAACGUGAUUCUGAUAAUGGCAUUCCCUACCUCUCUUGGCGUCUCAACGUCGCAGACAGAUCAAGCCUCGUUCAUGACUUCACAAGAUAAAUAUGACUAUCAAGAUCAUGAAGGCUGAAGCUGUUUCUUUUUGUUCAUCUUACGUAGAUGGAGUGAAAAUGGGUUAAUUCUAUGUUGUUAGUUUCUUUUUCUUUUGUUCUUUUACUUUUCUCUUUGAUCAGUCCUUAUAUAUAUCAUCAUAUAUCACUUUUCUGUUGGUCAGUUGGUCUCCUUCAAACUAUAAACUUUUUUUUUUUU